AUGGAUUAUCUGAGCUGGCUUUCGAAAACUCCUGCAGUAGACGAAAUCACGGGAUUCGAGGAGUACAUCCGGAAAGAGAAAGAAGAGUCUCUCCGAAUAAUGAAGCGAAGGCUGAAAAAAGGAAAAACAACGGAUAAGCAUAUUGCCGAGGAUAUUCUAGGUGUUGCCAAUAAGCUGUAUGUCAAAGGCGAGUUUCUCUCUGCCAUUGAUAAGAUCAAAGAAGCGCUCACAUACAACAGCAUGUUCGACAGCGCGUACUACCUGCUUGGCAUUAUAUACGAAGAGCAGGGAGAGUCAGAAAAAUCUUUCAAUGCGUUUCUUAUCGCAGCAAGCAUAAAAAGGACAGACAUCAGUCUGUGGAAGAAGCUAUACGAGUACAAGAAAAGCGAGAAUGAUUUGGACUACCAGAUAUACAUUCUGAAAAGAAUUAAAAAAAUAAAAAACACACCAGAAACACUAAACGAGCUCCUGGGCAUAUACAGGCAGCAGAAGAACAUUGAGAAGAUAUUUGAAAUAAAAGCUGAAAUGAUCGCAGAGGAUGGCUUUCCUGCUAGUUUUAUUUCUGAGCUGCUGGGCCACAUAAGAGUGCUGAAGAACAAAGUGAAAAUAGUUGAUCUUAUCAGCAAAAUGCUGGACAAAGAAAAGGUCUUUGGAACACUUGCCGAUGAUUUUAUUGUUGGCUACAUCGACCUGCUUUUUGUUGAGAACAGGUGCCAUUUGCUCUCUCAGCUGAGAAACUCUCUGGAGUACUGCAAACGAGAGGUUGUAUGCACCAGAUCGCAGAUUAUUCUUUUUUUUGGCAGCAUAAUUUCCGAGAUAAGUAGCAAAUGCCACGCGUGCACUAACCAUCCGUUCUGCGUGUGUAGAGACAAUGCCACCAUGGACAGCUCUUUCAACAUUUUAAUAGAAAGCAAUAGAAAGUCAGACAUUAUCAGCGUGCCCAUCAACACUUCAGUGAUAGCCGAUCCUAUCCAUCUGGUGCUUACUGGAUACUUUUUAGACAUUCUUAUCAAAAUGCGAAAAUACAAAGUAGCGCUUAAACUUCUCCUGCUGAUAGAUAAGAGCUCAGAGAUAUUUUUGAACAAAGAGGUGCAUGCAUCAGACAGCACAGAGAUAAGAUAUGCUAUGAUAAAAGAAGCGACGAAUGUUAAAAAAAGAAUUGCCCUGGUAUACGACAAGCUGAAGGACUAUGAUAAAAGCAUUAUGCAGUACAAGUCAAUACUCGGCUACAAAGACGUGUCAGACUCUCUGCAAAGUUCUUUGGAAGAGGUAAAAAUGAAAAUAUCAGAAAUAUACAAGAAAACAGGAAAUAUAGACUUGGCGUUAGAGUACGCUCUGCAAAUACAAACAGAAACCACACAGGCCACUGCCGGAAUAGAAAGAAAUGGGCUUUUGUUCUACAAACAGAUAGACUGCAUGCGAAUAAGAUCGCUGAUGUACAAGGCUAUGCACAUAUACGAGAAGGAGAAAAUAAUGACAGAGACGAGUGUGCGAAAAUACUUCAUAAGCUCAGCACAGGAGCUGAUUAUGUUUCUGCUAAAGAACACGUUUGUCUUCACCAAGAAAAAAAAGAAGAGAAAAGACACUUUUGAGAACGAAUGUGUUUCCGCUGGGCAGCUAAUUAGCACAAAAGACUUUGAGGGAGAUUUUGAUCUUCUCCACGAAAUCAACGACUUAGGGAAUGUGUUCAAUCAGGGCAGCGAAGACCGGCCCCAAAUGUCUAAAAAGGUAUACCACGAUGUCAUAGCUUCUCUGCUCGGCGGGCUGAGCGUGCAGGAGUGGCACGAUGUUCUGUACAAGUACAUCAUAGCUCUGUACUACGAUAAGUCGUACGAUAUAGGAAUACUUCUGCUGAAAAAAGCGCUUACUUCCCACAUACUGCGAAGCUCUUCCGACGAGUACAUUUCUCUGCUCUGGAUGCUGGUUCGUCUAUCACAUGUUGCAAAAGAUCUCGAGUCUCUGCACUUUGCCAUCACCUACAUCAUUAGGUUCUAUGCGGUUAGAGAGAGCGUAGACAUUACGUCUUUCUACUAUCUCAGCUACUUUCUUAUCAACCAAAUUCCAAAAUUUCAUAAGCGAUCAGAGUACUACAAGUUCCAAAAAAACGUGCAGAGGAACCUCAGAAGAAAACACCAUGCGACUGGAGUAAAACAGCUGCACAUUCUGACUAUUCUCUGUUUCUCCUACAUGCCCAGCUUCAUAUACACCGACACAGCUGCCAGGCUGGAAAAGGCAGUGGAGAAAUCAGUUCUGCAGAACGUAGAUACCACACUGCUGGGCAUCUCGAGGGCAGUUGCACUAUCUUCCCUUUUUCUGACGCACGCGUCAAGCAGAAAGGUCGUAGACCGUGACAGAUACAUACACAAGGGAAUCAGAAUUCUUAAGAAUUAUUCCGAGCACGUAAAAACAAACUACGAUCACGUUCGAAAUAGUGUAGAAACAUCAGUCAAAAAUGAAAACAUAGUCUACACAUUAAAAGUAGACUUUUUGAAGCAGACAACUUAUUCGGAGGACAACUACACAGAGAAGUUGAGUCUACUGCUUUACAAUCUCGGAAGAGCUUUCCAUCAGUACAAGCUGUAUGGGCUGGCUGAGAGGUACUAUCUAGAAUCACUGUCAUACACGAGGAACAAAGAGCUGCUGACUCUUCUGCAAAUAAAUGCGUCGCUGCUGGACAAGAAAAUAGAAGUAGAGAUCCAGUCGCAAAACGAGUAA